AUGGCGAGCGGAAUCUUGCUGCGUUUCGCGGGGUUCUCGGAAACCAUCACAUUGGAAUGCGAACUCGGGAUCCUCAAUUUCAAAGCCAAUCGAGAGUUGGUGAAGGAUCUCAUGACCCCAAAUUUUCUCAAUACCGUAUCUGCUCCAGCAAUAUACUCCAACACUUUGAGGCUUGUCGAGUUGUGGAAGUUGAAAGCCAAAAAGGCCGGCGGCCUGCCCUUCCAAGCUGACAAAGACAUCAACAUGGCCACUUUCGAUAUCAUCAAAGAAGUUGCCCUCGGCGAGGGAGACUCCGAGAACACAACCGAGGCUUACAUCAAAAUCAUUCACCAACCUGGCGCGCAAACCUAA